UUGGACUGGGCCUGAUGCAGUCACUACGUAUCAUAACAUCAUAUUUCACUGACUGACUGACGCCGUGAACUGCUUCCUCCAAUACUCGCAAGAUGUCUCAUGAAAUUUCUGAUGUGCUCACAAACGUUGCUCUCCCAAAAACUCAAGCGACCAUAACUCUUCGAGUAAUCAAAUCCUUCGAAUACCGCACGGAACGCAGUCUCGUCUUACACAUGUUGAACCUGGAGAUCACAACAGUUGGCGAGCUCAAGGAUAUGGCUCGGCGAGCUGUUCAGACUAGUUCAGGAUGGAAGCCGUAUCGGAACGUGCAUCUAGAUACACUCAAGUUGUACACCAAAGCUCACGGUGCUAAGACAACCAAUCUGAUCAUCAAUAUGGACCACGACGACUGGAUUUUCGAUGAUGACGCCCGCACCCUAGCUGAACUUGGUAUUGAAAACGAGACAGAGAUCAGCUUCUUUAAUCGUGUAGCUUACAAUGCCUUCAAGGAAAAUCCCGAAAUUCGAUGGGACAUUCCUCCGUAAUGCGGAGAGCCAACCAAGAAGUGAAG